GCUGCAAGUCCUUCACAGAUAGUGCCGGCAACGCAGCUAUGUGCAUCUGGAGCGUCAUCUGAACAGCGGCGACUUUCAUUGGCACAGCUUCCCACAGAGCCACAAUGCUGAAGACCAUCCACAACAAAAUGGCCCAGAACGGCGUCGGCAUCGGAAACUGGAAGCGGGAUGAAAUUAUCUCUGAAGCUGAAACCCAAAUGUGUGAGCUAUUCCAGCUCCCCGUCACCCUGGAUGGGUUUGUCCCGCAUCACCACCCCAAGAUUGCGCGGAUAAAACUCGCCGAGCGUACUAUGUGGCCUGUGUUCUACUUUUACAAUCAUUAGAACACGGGUAUGCAUUUUAACAUGAUAGCAUUCGAAGAGGACCAUGCGGUUAUGUCUCUUGGAUUAGGAUACAAGAGCAAUAAUGGCACGCUUGGAAACCGCGAAUCCUAUGAGGAUGAGUACUCUACCAAUGGUGGCAUUGAUUUCACCGAUUGUUUUAAUGAUACGCAGAGCACGUAUUUGCUCAAUACGGGCUCGGAACACCAGCAGAUGGAUAGAGAUAUUCAAUGUUACUUCCUGGAUUUGGAGAUACUUGGGGGCUGGAGAUCCAGAUCUACGACUCUGAGAAGAGGGCGAC